AUGGAUAUGGCCAGCACCUCCACCACCAUGGCCGGUAUGUCCAUGUCCAUGGCCACAUCUUCUUCAUCUUCCACAUCCACCUCCAUGACUAUGGCCAUGGCUACGUCAACCUCCAUGUCGAUGCCCAUGUCCACCUCCUCCUCCUCCUCCUCCUCCUCCUCUUCAAUGGACAUGUCCAGCAUGUCCAUGUCCAUGGUCUUCACCAACUCCCACGACACCCCGCUCUUCUCCUCCCAAUGGACUCCCUCCUCCAGCGGUACCUACGCCGGCACCUGCAUCUUCCUCAUCGUCCUCGCCAUCAUCGGCCGCUGUCUCGUCGCCUUCAAAGCCCUCAUGGAGCGUCGCUGGCUCGACGCCCACCUCAACCGUCGUUACGUCGCUAUCUCCGGCAAAUCCACCGAAGCUGGGCGCAUCGAAGCCGAUCCCGACGCCAAAGUCGCCAGUCUGGUCACAGCCCAGGGUGUCGAGGAGAAAGUCAAGGUCGUGCGGAAAGUAUCGCACCAACCGCUUCCUUGGCGCUUUAGUGUCGAUCUGCCCCGGGCUAUCAUGUAUCUCUUCAUCACGGGUGUUUCUUAUCUACUGAUGUUGGCUGUCAUGACCAUGAACGUGGGAUACUUCUGCUCUGUCCUGGCAGGUGCCUUCUUAGGCGAGCUGGCCGUGGGCCGAUUCAUCCAGUGGAAUGAGCAUGAUCAUUAA